GGAUCCCCCAACCCCAUAUGCAUGCUCGGGCCAUGGUGCAACUGAGCCCCAUGCUCGGGUGAGGCUGCUGCACCCCCCUCGGAGCCGCCCUGCAAGGCCUCGGAGCGCCUCGGGGAAGCCCCGGGUUGCUGCACCCUCCUGCAGCGAUGUUCAGCUGGCUGGGCUCGGAUGACCGGCGCAGGAAGGACCCCGAGGUCUUCCAGACGGUGAGCGAAGGGCUCAAGAAACUCUACAAGACCAAGCUGCUGCCCUUGGAAGAGCAUUAUCGCUUCCACGAGUUCCACUCGCCCGCCCUGGAGGAUGCGGAUUUCGACAACAAGCCCAUGGUGCUGCUGGUGGGUCAGUAUUCCACGGGCAAGACCACCUUCAUCAGGUACCUGCUGGAACAGGAUUUUCCAGGCAUGCGGAUCGGACCAGAGCCCACUACAGACUCCUUCAUUGCGGUGAUGCAGGGAGACGUGGAGGGCAUCAUCCCCGGGAAUGCCCUGGUGGUGGACCCCAAAAAACCCUUCCGGAAACUCAACGCCUUCGGCAACGCCUUCCUGAAUAGAUUUGUGUGUGCGCAGCUGCCCAACCCUGUGCUGGAGAGCAUCAGCGUCAUUGACACACCCGGGAUCCUGUCUGGAGAGAAGCAGCGAAUCAGCCGAGGCUAUGACUUUGCGGCCGUCCUGGAGUGGUUCGCCGAACGCGUGGAUCGUAUCAUCCUGCUCUUCGACGCCCACAAGCUGGACAUCUCUGACGAGUUCUCGGAGGUCAUCAAGGCACUCAAGAACCAUGAGGACAAGAUGCGGGUGGUGCUCAACAAGGCAGACCAGAUUGAGACGCAGCAGCUGAUGCGAGUGUACGGUGCCCUCAUGUGGUCCUUGGGCAAGAUCGUCAACACGCCCGAGGUCAUCCGUGUCUACAUCGGUUCCUUCUGGUCCCACCCGUUACUCAUCCCCGACAACCGCAAGCUCUUUGAGGCCGAGGAGCAGGACCUGUUCAGGGACAUCCAGAGCUUGCCCCGCAAUGCCGCCCUGCGCAAACUCAACGACCUCAUCAAGAGAGCCAGGCUGGCCAAGGUCCAUGCCUACAUCAUCAGCUCCCUGAAGAAAGAGAUGCCCUCGGUGUUCGGAAAGGACAACAAGAAGAAAGAGCUAGUGAACAACCUGGCCGACAUCUACGGCCGCAUAGAGCGGGAGCACCAGAUCUCACCAGGCGACUUCCCCAAUUUGAAAAGGAUGCAGGAACAACUGCAAGCCCAGGACUUCAGCAAGUUCCAGCCCCUGAAAAGCAAGUUGCUGGAGGUGGUGGACGACAUGCUAGCCCAUGACAUCGCCCAGCUCAUGGUGCUUGUGAGGCAGGAGGAACUGCAGCGACCUGUGCAGAUGGUGAAGGGCGGUGCCUUCGAUGGCACUUCUCAGGGCCCCUUUGGGCACGGCUACGGGGAGGGGGCCGGUGAGGGCAUCGACGACGCCGAGUGGGUGGUGGCCAGGGACAAGCCCAUGUACGACGAGAUCUUCUACACGCUGUCACCCGUGGACGGUAAGAUCACAGGCGCCAACGCCAAGAAGGAGAUGGUGCGCUCCAAGCUGCCCAACAGUGUCCUGGGAAAGAUCUGGAAGCUGGCGGACAUCGACAAGGACGGGCUGCUGGAUGACGAGGAGUUUGCGCUGGCCAACCACCUCAUCAAGGUCAAACUUGAGGGCCAUGAGCUGCCUGCUGAGCUGCCCGCACACCUCCUGCCGCCCUCUAAGAGGAAGGUGGCUGACUAAGGGGGGCUCGGACAGGCCGGAGUUAAGAGGGGCUGGGAGAGGCGCCCUGUCCUGCCAUGGCUUCUUAGAGCCCCAGUGAGGAAACCCACAAAGGCUGUUUUCUAGCUUCAAACAAUGUAUUUCUGUCUCCGAUACCCACUACUACCCUGUCUGUCCUCCAGUCAAUGCUCUCUGAAUACAGCACAUGUAGCCUUC